GCUCUAACAUAAGUUACCGAGGUGACAAGCUUUUUGACCGGGUGUUUCCUUUCAUUGCAGCCAAUUCAUCCCAGUGUGUGGGACAGCUGUCACUGCUCUCCUCCUCAGCAGGGAAGAACAACUGUACUGUACUUUACUGGCUGACAGGUUUGAGCUAUUAAUUCACCACAUCACUAAUAUAUUCACUCUGCGCACGGACCCCACCAACUGCCAACACCAAAACGAACUCCAACUUGUUCUGAUCGGCGUCCUCCCGUUGGGAACCGACGAGGAGGAUGGAGACGAGCCCCAUCCCGGUCGUGACGGUCCAAACCGCCCCCUUCGACGACCAGCGGCCCGGUACCAACGGACUGCGGAGGAAGACCGCGGUGUUCGAAGGGAAGAAGAACUACCUGCAGAACUACAUCCAGAGUGUGUUGUCCUCCAUCGACCUGCGGGACCGGCAAGGCUGCACCAUGGUGGUGGGCAGCGACGGCCGUUACUUCAGCCGAGCUGCCAUCGAGGUGAUAGUGCAGAUGGCAGCUGCCAACGGGAUUGGUCGUCUGGUAAUCGGUCACAAUGGCCUCCUGUCCACUCCGGCUGUUUCCUGCAUUAUCAGGAAGAUCAAGGCCAUUGGUGGAAUCAUCCUCACAGCUAGUCACAACCCUGGAGGCCCCGGUGGAGACUUUGGAGUCAAGUUCAAUGUGGCAAAUGGAGGACCAUCCCCGGACACAGUGAUGGAGAGAAUCUAUCAGGUGAGCCGGACACUCGAGGAGUAUGCCAUCUGCCCUGACCUCCGCAUUGACCUCUCCAGGCUGGGACGACAUGAUUUUGACCUGGAGAACAAGUUCAAACCUUUCAGAGUGGAGAUUGUAGACUCAGUGGAUGUGUAUCUGCAACUGCUGCGAAACAUCUUUGACUUUAGUGCCAUAAAAAGUCUCCUCACAGGACCAAAUCAGCUAAAGAUACACAUAGAUGCCAUGAACGGAGUGAUGGGCCCCUAUGUACGAAGGAUCCUAUGUGAUGAGUUGGGGGCCCCUGCUAACUCAGCUGUCAACUGUGUCCCUCUGGAGGACUUUGGUGGUCGGCCUCCUGAGCCUAACCUGACCUAUGCCACCUCUCUGGUAGAUGCUAUGAAAGGAGGGGAUUUUGGCUUUGGAGCUGCAUUUGAUGCAGAUGGGGACCGAUACAUGAUCCUUGGGGAAAAUGGCUUCUUUGUGAACCCGUCAGACUCAGUAGCAAUCAUGGCUGCCAACCUCUCCACCAUCCCCUACUUCAGACAGCUGGGGGUUAAGGGCUUUGCCAGGAGUAUGGCCACCAGCACUGCCCUCGACAGGGUAGCCAAAGCCAUGAAAUUGGCGCUGUAUGAGACUCCCACAGGCUGGAGGUACUUUGGGAACCUAAUGGAUUCUGGGCGUUGUUCCCUCUGCGGGGAGGAGAGCUUUGGGACAGGUUCAGACCACAUUCGUGAAAAAGAUGGUUUGUGGUCGGUGUUGGUGUGGUUGUCCAUCAUGGCUGCUAGGAAACAAGGUGUUGAGCAGAUUGUCAGAGAGCACUGGGCCAAGUUUGGACGCAACUACUUCUGCAGGUUUGAUUAUGAAGGCCUGGACCCACGUGCAGCCUUUUACCUGAUGAGGGAUCUGGAUUCAGUAAUCUCAGAUAAAGCAUUCACCAGUCAGAAGUUUGCUGUAGGAGACCAUGUAUACAGCGUUGAGAGGGCUGACAACUUCGAGUACAUCGACCCCGUGGAUGGAACAGUGGCUCGAAACCAGGGUUUAAGGAUCGUCUUCAGUGACACGUCUCGUCUGGUGUUUCGGAUGAGUGGGAGUGGUGGAGGGUUGGGCGCCACCAUCCGCAUUUAUGCUGAGAGCUUUGAGAGAGAUCCUGAGAGACACAACAGAGAGACACAGGUGGUGCUGGGUCCUCUCAUUGCUAUCGCCCUGAAGAUCUCCAACAUCCAUGAGAGGACAGGACGCCGUGGCCCUAACAUUAUCACAUGAGCAACCAGGAAAAACACACACUCACAUGCACACACAUGCAUCUACCUGCUCACACAGACACAAGAAAACAUCAACAAUACUUUGCCCUGUAAUUUUCUGCAAUUUCAAAUACACAUUCACUGUAGCUUCAGUCUCAUUUUUAAUUUCUAUUUCAUUUUUCCUUACAUGACGGCAAAAGAGUUCAUGGCUACUGGUGCUAACUCUUGGA